GCGCCAGCACCAGCCCGGUCAAAUGCACCGUCGCCCCAGCGCCGGAAUGAUGAAUCCUGGGUCGAGGUAUCGUCGCAACCGUCGUCGUCGUCGCUGUCAUCGAUAGGCGACGAGAUCGUCACGACAGGCCUCCACAUCGGCAGCAGCUCGUACCCGCCACGACGCCGGCGCUUACAGCUCCAGCAGCCGCACAUGCCCCCUUCAUACAUCGUGAGCCACGCCGCUGCGCAGGCUGGUACCAGCAGCCAAGAGGAAUAUGACGAAACCGAGAGUGACGAGGACAGGAUCAUGACGAGCUCCACUGAGCAGGUCCACCCAGCAGCGGUGGCGGCCGCGGCUGCAGCAGCUUUGCAAAGGCAGCAAACAGCUGUCCGGACAGCUGUGGACUCGGACUCGGACGGCGAUGGCGACGGCGAUGAGAAUGCCACGGCUCUUGGUCGCCCAUCUGCCUCGCACACCUUUAGACCACAGCCAAAUGCCUUCUCACACCCACCAUCGCAUCUGACCCACAGACACUCUACCAGCUCCGCUCACCCGUAUCAUUCUUUCUCUCAGUCCCGCCCUUCUAUUCCAAACCGCACCCACACGCGCUCGCACCGUGGUGCCCCGAACAUCAUGUCUCCGUCUUACCAAGCAGACAAUGACGCCGCUCUCCGUGCCUCUCUUACAACUUUACUUUCCUGCGCCGCAGCUGCCCGCGGUCUUCCCAAGAAGGACAAUUCGCGUGCCGGACCGUCUGGGAUCGGUACAGGAGCUGGCGUCCUACCGAGCUCACAGCCCAUGGAGCUGCGGCUGGUCCCCGAAUCCGAGCUCAUGGCUGAUAGUCCUCCGGCAGGGGCAUCCUGGUCCGGCCCCGCCAAGGGAACCCCACUGCGAACCGCAUCAAACUCUAGUGCCCCCAGUGCUCCAUCAUCCGCCUCGGGCCGCGACCGGGAUGCCGCGACGGAAAAGGGCAAGAGGGCGGCCGCUACACAGAACAAGAGCUUGCGGGCCGCAAAGAAAAAGAAGACUGGCUCGUCGGCCGGCAUCGUGGAUGGCGAGACCGCCACAUUUAUCAGCCCCACCCUCUUGACAUGGGUUGUGAGUGCCGGAGUCGUGGUGCUGGUUUCUGUAGUCGGUUUUGGAGCCGGUUAUGUGAUUGGACGUGAGGUGGGACGGCAAGAGGGUGCCAUGAGUCUCGGUUCCACAGCGGCAAUGUCCAACUCAUCUUCAGGCUGCGGGCGCGAGCUGGUCAGGUCGACUUCUGGUGGCACGCUGCGACGAUUCCGAUGGGGCUCUGUUGGAAAGAGUGUCACG